AUGGCAAGAACCAAUAGGGAGAUUCUUACUGGAGGUAAGAAGUAUACGAAUAACAAGGCGAAGAAGCACUUGGUUGAAGAGGUUGUCUUUGAUAAGGGCUCCAGAGAGGAGUACCUCACUGGGUUCCACAAGAGAAAGCUGGAGCGUCAGAAGAAGGCACAACUGUUCCAUAAGGAGCAGGACAGACAGGCCAAGAUUGAGGAGAGAAAGCAGGCCAAGCUUGAGAGGGAAAAGGAGCUGUUGGAACAGAUGGAGAAGUACAAGGAGCAGAUGAGGAUAAUGAAUGGCGGCAUCAGCGAUGAUGAGGAGCCAUCUCCAAAUGAGGACAAGGAGGCAGAGGAAGCUGAUGAAGACGAGGAAUGUGAAGAGUGGUGCGGAUUCGCCGACAACGACGACGACAAGCCAAAGGGCAUUCUUAAGAAGAAAGAGCUGUAUGGUGAAGACGGUACUGAGGUUGUGAUAGAGGAGAUGGAAACCGAUGAUGUCGCCAGAUUGAACUAUGUGAUUCUAGCCAAGUCCAAAAAGAUACUGGAGGAGAGUAUAGAUAGAGCUCAGAAGUAUGCCGUUAUUGCAGGGGCAGAAAGACCAAAGACCAAGAAGAAGAAGUUUAGAUACUUGAGUAAGGUUGAGAGAAGAGACAAUAGAAGAAAGGCCAUUUCUAACAAGAGAAGGAAAUAG